UAUAAGUGCAAAGUGUCCCCCUCUUUCCGCUUGUCACAUUUGUUUCAGUUUUGGUUUGUUCCGUUUUUCCAGGGGAAAUUAUAAAUGAACAGCAUUCAAGGUAUGUCUGUGUUUGGCGAAGUUCCCCAAGCGGCACCAGUAGCCGUGUUUAAACUAACGCAGGACUUCAAUAACGACCAGUUUCCACACAAAGUCAACCUCGGUGUUGGGGCCUACCGCACGGAUGAAGGCAAGCCGUGGGUUUUGCCGGUGGUUAAAAAAGUGGAAAAGAUCAUCGCCAACGAUGACAAGCUCAACCACGAGUACCUGCCCAUCCUGGGUUUGCCCGAAUUCAGAUCCUCAGCAUCCAAAAUUGCACUGGGAGACAGCAGCCCUGCUAUCAUGGAGAACAGGGUGGGGGCGGUUCAGUGUCUUGGCGGUACCGGUGCGCUGAAGAUGGGAGCAGAGUUUCUCAGACGUUUCUACAACGGAAGCAACAACACAAAGACACCAGUCUAUGUGUCCGCGCCGACUUGGGAGAAUCACAACGGCGUGUUCACCAACGCCGGCUUUGAGGAUGUCCGCCCCUACAAGUACUGGGAUGCGCAGAAGAGAGGCCUUGAUCUGUCUGGCUUCCUUGCCGACUUGGAGAGCUGCCCAGAGCGUUCCAUCUUUGUCUUGCACGCUUGUGCCCACAAUCCAACUGGCACAGAUCCCACACAGGAGCAGUGGAAGCAGAUUGCUGAAGUCAUGAUGAGAAGGAAGCUGUUUGUGUUCUUUGACUCAGCUUAUCAAGGAUUUGCUUCGGGGAGCCUGGAUCAAGAUGCCUGGGCCGUUCGGUUUUUCGUAUCUAUGGGCUUUGAAAUGUUCUGCGCCCAGUCAUUCUCCAAGAACUUUGGCCUCUAUAAUGAACGCGUUGGCAACUUGACUGUGGUGGCUCGUGAUGCCGAUAACCUAAAGAGAGUUCUGUCCCAAAUGGAGAAAAUUGUGCGAACCACCUGGUCUAACCCACCUAGUCAGGGGGCUCGCAUCGUGGCCGUCACAAUCAACUCGCCGGAGCUCUUUGCCGAAUGGAAAGACAACGUGAAGACCAUGGCUGACAGGGUGUUGUUGAUGAGAGCCCAGCUAAAAGCUAAGCUCCAGGCUCUGGGGACGCCAGGAAGUUGGGACCACAUCACAGAGCAAAUUGGCAUGUUCAGCUUCACCGGACUCAACCCCAGACAAGUGGAAUACAUGGUGAAGGAGAAACACGUCUACUUGAUGGCCAGCGGACGCAUCAACAUGUGUGGCUUGACCAGCAAGAACAUCAACUACGUGGCUGAGUCCAUCCAUGAGGCCGUUACUAAGGUCCAGUAGAAGACUCGGCUGAGUGUGCUGUACCUAAUCUAAACGCAACGUGCAGCCGGUAAGAUCUGACCCAUAAUGCGAUUCUAAAAACAACUGAGAAAACCAGAGGAACUGUUUUAAAAAGCCCUAAGACAUUUCAUAUUUAAAUCCUCCUUAUAUAUGGUGAAGAUAAAAAAAAAAAUCCCGUUCAAACUCAAAUUCACUGUGAGUCAGCACACACCUUGCUCGCGAUUUAAGUGCAUCUGAUUUUAGCGCUAAGUGUUCAAAUGUUAUAGUAAACUGAAAUGUUGCUUUCCAGCAAAAGCCUGAAGGUGUUGUGGAAGCACUGACUGCUGUUUUCAAUUGUUCAUAAUUCCCCGUAGCUUGACUAAGGCCCCCCUAAAUUGUCUCCAAAAAUGAUGAUGCCACCACCAUGUUUUUUACUAUAUCCUUGUGUGUGGUGUUCUUAUAUUGAUGAGCUAUGCUGUGCUUGCGUCAAACUUUUGGAAUUUGUAUGUGCAAACAUUUCAAAAUUGGUCUUAACAUUUUGCAAAAACACAAUUCAGAUCUCUCAAAUGCACAUGGCAAAAUGUGUUCUGUUCUGAUGAAACCAAAGUUGACAAUAGUUUUGAAAUUAUUGACAGUAUAUGGGUCUCAUUUUUUUUUCUCUGUCACAGAACACGCGGGUGUGUAGACUUUUUGGAUCCUCUGUAUAAUUAAUAUUUUAAUUAUGGGCUACUUUAAAAAAAAUAAAAAUUGAAAUAACCAUGAAUUGGAAAAAUAGUUCCACCACCCCUGCCUUUAUAAAACUUUACAAUAUCCUCCUGUUGAGGUAAUUUUGUGUUCACAGUGGGUAUUUAAAAGUUUUGACAUGACCAAUUUAUUUUUUAAUUUCUGUUCAUAGUACUGCUGGGACACUACCAGUAAGAAAUUGAUACAGUCCUAGUGUCUUAGCAUUACAAAACUAGUAAAUGGACUUUCCAAUAAUGCAUUAAAUGGCUGAAAUGAAGGUGCAUUAUUGAUGUGCAACUUGCUAAACUGGCAAAAUGAUUCCUAACGGGAAUAUACGCGAUUGUAAUUUUGAAAGAAAGAAUUUAAUGCUCUGUUUAAUAAAAUUUGAAACUUAACAUACAAUAUUGUCGUUUCUAAAGAAACAUCCUGAUGAUGAAAUCUAAUCAAACGACGAGCCGAGCAUUGACUUUCUUCACUGUGUUUUUGUGUCUUUUACACAAAGAGAAAAUGUCCAUCGGGUAUUUCAAACUUGCACCUUGGGAAUUUUUGACACAGACACGAGACUCCGUCGCUUUAUUCUGUUUAGUGUUAACGUGCGCAUGAAUUCAAGCUAUGAAUGUUCUCGAGAGAAACGUCAAUAAAUGCGUUUAAAUCACA